AUGAAUCGUUCAUCUAAAUUAAAAAAUAUAUUCGAUGAUAAAAAUCAAGAUCUAUUGAAUGAUUCAGAAACAGACAUAUCAUCAAUAUCAGAUAAUAGAAACAUAUCAACUAUAAAUUUAUUAUCGACUGAUUCAGAAAUAUCGAGUGAUGAAAAUAGUGAAAUAUCAAGAGAAAAUUGUUGUUUAAUUUGUUCAAUUUUACCAAAUUUAUCAAAUAUAAAUACAUGUCAGAAACAUUUAACAUUAUUAACUAAAUCAAUAAAUUCAACAAAAAUUGUUCAUAUAAUGAAUCCGAGAAAAAAUGAUCAUCAAUCAAAAUUUAAACAUCGUUAUCGAUCUAGUUCUUAUUCUUCUUCAUCAUCAUCAUCAGAAUUUCGACAUCAACCAAAAAGACGAUCAAUGAUUGUGCAAUCCUCUGAUUCUAGUAGUCAAGAUUAUUUAUUCUUCUCUCCAAAUGUUCAAUCUCAAAAACCAACAAAUGUUAAUCAACAAUAUCAAUCUAUUCAUAUUCAAACUCAAUUAUCACCUUCACUUCCACCAUCUUCUACAAUGUAUAAAACUCUACAACAAUAUAAUGAAAUUUUAUUAACACCACUAUUCAAAAAACAAAGCCAAGAAAAUAAUAAUGAAAUACAAACAAUAUUGAAAGAUAUUCAAAAUAAACCAAUACAACAAGAAGUACCACAAAUUAAUCAUAAAAUAAAUUCUCCUGAUGUAUUUGAAAUAGAUUCAAAUUUAUCAAAUUCAUCAUAUAUUUCUCUUAAUCGAAGUAUACAUGAAAAAGGUGAUAGUUAUCAAAAGAAAAUAACAAUCGAUAAGAAUCAAUUAAUUGAACAAAUUUUAACUAAUAAACAUCCUCAACCAAUAAUAUUACUUGAACGUGUAUGUUUCGAAAGAUAA